AUGGCGAGUCCGAACAGCGCUCGUGAUGUGAUACGCAGGAAGCUAGUCAUCAUCGGCGAUGGUGCUUGCGGGAAGACAAGUUUGUUGAGCGUUUUCACAUUAGGUUACUUUCCAACGCACUAUAUUCCUACAGUCUUUGAAAACUACGUGACGGACUGUCGAGUGGAAGGGAGAAAUGUCCAACUGGCGCUCUGGGAUACGGCGGGACAGGAAGACUAUGAACGGUUACGACCACUGGCAUAUGCAAAGGCCCAUGUUAUCUUGAUAGGAUUUUCGGUCGACACGCCGGACUCACUGGAUAACGUGAAGCAUAAGUGGGUUGAAGAGGCGACGGAGAGAUGUCCUGACGUGCCUAUAAUUUUAGUCGGUCUGAAAAAGGACCUCCGCGAGGACCCGGUAGCUAUCGAAGAAAUGCGAAAACGGAGCCAGCGGUUUGUCACCAGACAUGAAGGCGAAUCGGCUGCGAAAGAAGUAGGAGCGCGAAAGUACCUCGAGUGCUCUAGCUUAUCUGGAGAAGGAGUCGAUGAUGUUUUCGAGGCGGCCACGCGAGCAGCUCUUCUCACGUUCGAGAAAGGAGAGGGGGGCGGCUGUUGUGUGAUUUUAUAG